AUGUCCAUUUUCCCCCUCCCAUCUCGAGAUUUCUCUAGAAAUUCAAAACCAAAAUUUCUCCCUUUAUAAACCCCUCUUCCCGCCCCCUCCACCUCUCCACCAGAACACCCAAAUUUAAAAAAACGAUCAAGAAUCAAUCCACGCAGCGAUCAUGGCUACUGCAGCUCAACUGAACUACCCAUUUCCCCAAAUCGCAAAACAAAAUCCCUUUCUGGGCUCGACCAAGAUCAAGAAAGCAUCAAUCUUGCAUCUGGGUUUGCGGAGAAAAGGCGGCAGCAACGGAUACAAACCGCUGAGAGUGGUGAGCGAGAAAGUGGUGGGGAUCGAUUUAGGCACGACGAACUCGGCCGUGGCGGCGAUGGAGGGCGGGCAGCCGACGAUCGUGACGAACGCGGAGGGGCAGCGGACGACGCCGUCGGUGGUGGCGUACACCAAGGGAGGGGACAGGCUGGUCGGGCAGAUCGCGAAGAGGCAGGCGGUGGUGAACCCGGAGAACACCUUCUUCUCGGUGAAGAGGUUUAUCGGGAGGAAGAUGAAUGAGGUGGAUGAUGAGUCGAAGCAGGUGUCGUAUAGGGUGGUGAGGGAUGAUAUUGGGAAUGUCAAGGUGGAGUGCCCUGCUACUGGUAAUCUGUUUGCUCCUGAGGAGAUUUCUGCUCAGGUGUUGCGAAAGCUUGUGGACGACGCCUCCAAGUUCUUGAACGAUAAGGUCACUAAAGCGGUUAUCACAGUGCCGGCCUACUUCAAUGACUCGCAGAGAACUGCAACAAAAGAUGCUGGCCGUAUAGCUGGCUUGGACGUCCUUCGCAUCAUCAAUGAGCCCACAGCUGCGUCUCUGGCUUACGGGUUCGAGAAGAAAAACAACGAGACCAUCUUAGUCUUCGAUUUAGGAGGCGGGACGUUUGAUGUUUCAGUUCUUGAGGUCGGAGAUGGAGUGUUCGAGGUGCUUUCCACCUCAGGCGACACACAUUUGGGUGGUGAUGAUUUUGACAAGAGGAUCGUUGAUUGGCUAGCCGAUAGCUUCAGGAAAGACGAAGGCAUCGAUCUCCUCAAGGACAAGCAGGCGCUGCAACGCCUUACCGAGGCAGCUGAGAAGGCAAAGAUCGAGCUCUCGUCUCUGACUCAGACUAACAUAAGCUUGCCCUUUGUCACUGCUACUGCGGAUGGUCCGAAGCACAUUGAUACGACGUUGACACGAGCUAAAUUCGAGGACUUGUGCUCUGAUUUACUAGACAGGCUUAAGACGCCGGUUCAAACCGCAUUAAACGAUGCAAACCUCUCGAUCAAGGAGAUAGACGAAGUGAUUCUAGUUGGAGGGUCGACUCGGAUCCCUGCUGUCCAAGAGGUCGUCAAGAAGAUGACCGGAAAAGACCCUAAUGUCACGGUCAACCCAGACGAGGUGGUUGCUCUCGGAGCUGCAGUUCAGGCCGGUGUGUUGGCAGGGGACGUGAGCGACAUCGUGCUCUUGGACGUGACUCCUCUGUCGCUCGGGUUGGAGACGUUGGGAGGGGUGAUGACGAAGAUCAUACCGAGAAACACGACGCUGCCAACCUCCAAGUCGGAGGUCUUCUCCACGGCCGCGGACGGGCAGACGAGCGUGGAGAUCAACGUGCUGCAAGGCGAGAGAGAAUUCGUGAAGGACAACAAAUCCUUGGGGAGUUUCCGGUUGGACGGCAUCCCACCCGCUCCCCGUGGCGUCCCUCAGAUAGAGGUGAAAUUCGACAUAGACGCCAACGGGAUCCUCUCCGUCGCGGCCAUCGACAAGGGGACCGGGAAGAAGCAGGACAUCACCAUAACCGGCGCCAGCACAUUGCCUAAGGACGAGGUUGAUCGGAUGGUGAAAGACGCGGAGAGAUACGCGAAGGAAGACAAGGAGAGACGGGAGGCCAUCGACACCAAGAACCAGGCGGAAUCUGUCGUGUACCAAACCGAGAAGCAGUUGAAAGAGGUCGGGGACAAAGUAGGCGCGGACGUGAAAGAGAAGGUGGAAUCGAAGCUGAAGGAGUUGAAAGAUUCAAUUUCUAGUGGAACAACUCAAGCCAUCAAGGAUGCAAUGGCAGCACUCAACCAAGAAGUGAUGCAGCUAGGCCAGGCUCUGUACAGUCAGCCGGGAGCCGCGGCAGCUGAUGGUGGCGAGCCUGCGGCUGGCGGCCCUAGCUCGGCCGGGAAGUCGGAUGGAGACGGAGACGGAGAAGUCAUCGAUGCGGACUUCACUGAGAGCAGCUAAUUAGUGUGUUUUGUAAAGAAAAUUUAUGUGAAUUUUGAGAGUGUUUUUUUUGUUUUUGUUUAGUAUAGGUUGUUUGUUUAAUAACUAGGUUUGAGUAAAUGUUGGUUAUGGAUUGAACUAUUGUAAAUGAGUAUGUAUAGAUAUAUGAUACUUGACAUAAUUCCAUGGCAUAA